GGCUGAGAGGGAAGGUUCCGCCUGACGCGCUGCAGCGGCGCCGGGGUUACGGACGGCGUCGGUUUCGGUCGGCGGGGGGCGCCAAGCUGCGGAAGAUGUUGCUGGUCCUGUCGGAGGAGCAUAAGGAGCACCUGGGCUUCCUUCUCCAGGUGGAGAGCUCAGUUGUCAAUGAAUUCUGCAAACAAUCUUCUUCUUUCUUUUCAGUUGUCAAUGAAUUUGGCCGUAUUGCUCUGGAGUUUCUAAGAAAAGGCACAAACCCAAAAAUCUACGAAGGAGCAGCAAGAAAACUUAAUGUUAGUAGUGAAACAAUUCAGCAUGGUGUAGAAGGAUUAACAUACCUUCUCACUGAGAGCUCAAAACUCAUGAUAUCGGAGAUAGAUUUCCAAGACUCUAUACUUGUACUAGGAUUCUCUGAAGAAUUGAACGCUGUAUUGCUUCAGCUGUAUCUUGACAAUAGGAAGGAGAUCAGAAGUAUUCUUACUGAACUAGCACCGAAGCUGCCUAGUUAUCACAGUCUUGAAUGGAGACUAGAUGUGCAGCUUGCUAGCAGAAGUCUGAGACAGCAAAUUAAGCCUGUUGUGACUCUGAAGCUCCACCUUACUCAGAAUGGAAACCAAACUACUCAAAUAUUGCAGACUGACCCUGCUACGUUGCUUCACCUGAUUCAGCAACUGGAACAAGCUUUGGGAGAAAUGAAAACAAAUCAUUGUAGAAGAAUAGUGCGUAACAUCAAGUAGUAUUUGCCAUCUCAGUAAACUUAUGGAAACCAGUGUCGCCAAACAACAGUGCGUCUGGACCAGUCAAAAACUUUUCCUUGGCCAAGUUCUUGAGGCUACAUUUAAGGGCUGAAUUUGCUUGGGUGCUAAUCUAGUAAUAAUGUCAGAUGCAAGUUAGAAUAAUCAUAAACUAACCAGACAUCAAUAUUAGUCGAUCAUGUGAGCUUUUCUAAUUUUAUGUACAGCUGCCUUUUGCAUAAUGUUCUGUACAGCUUAUUGGUAUAAUGACCAAACAUUUUUCCUCCUUAUCUUUUCUGAUCUGAAUAAAGAAACAUAUACAGUAAUAUUUUA